UGUUUAUUUCGAAGAUUAGAUGAAAGUAGAUUAGAUGAAAUUUUUUAAGUGUACCUAUACUGAUAAAUCAAUCAUAUAUGUGCCGAUGGACUUUAUAUAAAAGGAAAUUUUACUUACAACAUUAAAUUAGAUUCGUCUGUGUUUAUAAAACCACGAAAAUGAUUGGUUUUGCAGUAAUUAUUUCUUUGCUUGUAAUAUCUGCACAGGGACAAAUUCCUGUUGAAAGAUGCCCAGAUGUAAAAGGAGUUGCAAAUUUCGAUGGAAAAGCAUAUUUGGGUGACUGGUUCGAACAAGCAAGAUACCCAACUUUACUGGAAGAUCACGGAAGAUGUGUUGUUACCAAUAUUGCAGUAAACUCAGAUGGAUCUGUAAAGAGUCGUACGCAAUAUAUCAAUUCCGAAACAAAUGAGACACAUGUUCUCGAAGGAGAAGGAAUAUCAAAUUCAACCACAGGAGAAGCCAAAUUUUUAGUACAUUUUCUUAAUCCAGACGUAACUGUACCUUUUUGGAUUCUUGGUACAGACUAUAAAAGAUGGUCUGUAGGUUUCUCCUGUUUUGAACGAGAUGGUGUUUUUCUAGAGAGUCUUUUCCUUACAACAAGACAUCAAUAUGGAUCACCAGAUGAUAUAGAUGCAAUUGUGGACGUUCUAGAAGCUAACAAUAUUUCUCGAAAGGAAAUAAUAAUGACUGAUCAAAUGGGCUGCGAUUAUGAUUAAAAUAAAAUAUAUUAUAUAUUAUUUUAUUAUGUAUAAAUUGUAAUACAUUUUAAUGGCCAUGAUUGAUGUAUUUUUAAUCUGAAAAAAUUAGAGAGACGACUUUA